AUGGCAUUUCCACACCGGCUCUACUGGCUCUCAAAGCCGUCGCCAUUUGCUACUCUUCGGCAGCCUCGACUGUGUCCAAGCGCGACAGGCCGGUUGGUGACAUACAACAUCACUUCCGAGAUGCAGUGCCCACUGUUCGACCAGCUGCGUUGGUGCUUUGAACUGGAUUUUAUGUGUGGAUACCAAUCCACAUGGGGUCUUCAAGAUCAUACCAAAGAUGGAGAACAGCUCUUUCAGGAGAGCGAUGAUGCGUCACGCUAG